UUGCAGUUUUCAUCAGGAGACGGCAGCCAGUCUUACUGUCAAUUUUCAGUUGACCCCAAAUUAACGACUUACGACGUUCUCGUUGAUCUCAUCAGUCGCCGAUUUGAAGUUACCGGGGAUUUUAAAAUCAGCUAUCUGGUGAUGGACAAGUACGGCGAACAGAGCCUUCUACCUCUGCACACAGACUUUGAUCUUGAUGCUGCUAUUUUCGCAUCUUCUGACCGUACCCUCCGCCUUUUUAUUGAAACCAAAAGCAAGUCGGAUGAUGACUGGGAUAUAGUCGGACCUGGCGAACUGAGCGUAGAUCGCCGCGAAAUCCCUAAACGUGCCCCUGAGCCAUCACCCCCCUUUCCACCUGGUCUCACUGCCGGACUUCGGUCCCUGGCUAAUGUCCCCUUUCUUCAAAGUAUUUCCCAACAGGUCGGGAAAACCGUUACUUCUAUUGAAAAGGCUAUAGGUAAUUGCAUUUUACCGAAUAAGUUUUUACUCGUGCACCUUUUUGAAAGUAGGCUGUGUUUUAUUGCUCUGCUGCCAACGUUAUGCGGGGAAUGUCUGCUACAAAUAAAUAUGAAACAGUCAUCCGCUUUACGGCGGUCUUCCUCUUCUAUUCUCUUUGUCACAAGCUGCAAGCCUGCUGCACUGAAGUUUUGCACAGUGAUCGAACUUUUUUUAAUCUUGGACGUUUUGUUAAAGCCGAAGUUUAAGAAGUCUGAACUAAAAUUUUUAAAUAUGUUUCCAAGUCGAUACUGCAACUGA